GGAGGUGUGUGAAUUCGCGGAAGAGAGAGCAGAACUCGGGGACGAGCUGGACCUGGACCUGGACCUGGACCGGGACCGCAGCGGUUCCGACGGGCUGAGGGUACCGGACCCCGGUGAGGGAGGGAGGAGGACAGCGGUUCCGACAUGGCCCACGCCGGGCCCGGCCCCGGAGCGGAGGCCGAGGAGCAGGAGGAGGAGGAAUGUUUCGAGGACGCAGUGGACCGGAGCCCUUCGACCUGCCACAUGGACCUGCACACCUCCAUCCAGGAGACCCAGGCUGCUCUCAACCUGGUCCUCAACAACAAGUUCUCUCAGGCCCUGGACCUGCUGAAACCCUGGUGGAGGGACAGCAUGUACCACGCUCUGGGCUACAGCAGCAUCCUGGUGAUGCAGGCCGCCAUGACCUUUGAGCACCGGGACAUCCAGGCUGCCAUGGCAACCAUCAAGGAGGCGCUGCAGACCUGCCAGAGGUUCAGGAAGAGGAACUCGGUGGUCGGGUCCCUGUCCGGUCUGAUCAGCAAGCAGUCCAGCCUGCAAGAACAGGAGAUGCACGCAGAGAUCUGCUACGCCGAGUGUCUCCUGCAGAAAGCUACGCUCACGUUUGUGCAGGAUGAGAACAUGAUCAGUUUCAUCAAAGGAGGCAUCAAGAUCCGAACCAGCUACCAGAUCUACAAGGACUGUCAGAAUGUGCUGAGCGCCUCCCAGGACCUCGCCGGCCGGUCCGACUCCUUCAGACAGUUCGAGGGCGGAGUCAAGCUGGGGGUCGGCUCCUUCAACCUGAUGCUGUCUCUGCUCCCUCAAAGGGUCUUGAGGUUGUUGGAGGUCAUCGGGUUCUCAGGAAACAGGAGGUUCGGGUUGUCCCAGCUGAGGGACGGAGCGUCCAGCAGCAGCCUGCGGUCCAUCCUCUGCGCCCUGACGCUGCUCUUCUACCACACCUACGUUUCCUUGAUCCUGGGGUCCGGCGAGGGGAACCUGGUCGAGGCUGAAGCCCUGCUGGAGCCGUACCAGGACAAGCACCCCAAGGGCUCCAUCAUUCUCUUCUACUCGGCCCGCAUCUCCACCCUGCGAGGACACUUUGAGAAGGCCCGGGCCCGGUACGAGGAGUGCAUCAGCAGCCAGCAGGAGUGGAAGCAGAUCCACCACCUCUGCUUCUGGGAGCUGAUGUGGAGCCACACGUACCAGCAGGAGUGGCAGCAGGCGUACCGCUACGCCCAGCUGCUGUGCCAGGAGAGCCGCUGGUCCAAGGCCAUCUACGUGUACCAGAAGGCUGCCAUCCUCAGCAUGAUGCCGCAGGAGGAGCUGGAGAGGACCGGAGAGAACGUCACCGAGCUCUUCAGGCAGGUGGAGGGGCUGAAGCAGCGUCUGGCCGGGAAGUCCAUCCCCAUGGAGAAGUUUGCCGUGAGGAAGUCUCGGCGCUACAAGGCGGCGCGGCCCGUCCCGCUGGUCGUCCCGGCGCUGGAGAUGAUGUACGUGUGGAGCGGCUUCACCAUCGUCGGGAAGAGACCCGACUUCACCGAGUCCCUGCUGGUUACCAUAGAAACGGCUGAGGAGCAGCUCCGCGCCGACCCCGAUCCGUCGGAGUUCCACCCCGACGACAGCUGUCUGGUCCAGAUGUUGAAGGGCCUCUGUCUGAAACACCUGGGCAGGUUGCUGCAGGCGGAGCUGUGCUUCACGCAGGUGUUGUCCAGCGAGGCUCGUAUCCGGUACGACCACUUCCUGGUUCCCUUCACGCUCUACGAGCUCGGCCUGCUGUACAAGCAGCAAGGCGACCUGGCCAAGGCCGCCGCCCACAUCAACAACGCCAAGACAAACUACAAAGACUACUCCAUGGAGUCCCGGCUGCACUUCCGGAUCCACGCUGCCCUCGGCAGCCUCAAAGGAUCCCCCGUGGGCACCCCAUAAUACUCAGCUGCAGCUGCACCUGCAGCAGUAGCUGCACCUGCAGCAGUAGCUGCAGGUGCAGCCGGAGCAGCUGCACCUGCAGCCGGAGCAGCUGCAGCCGGAGCAGCUGCGUAGGUGCACCACUACCGCCCGCUUGGUUCAGACCUAUUUAUUCUCUCAGCAGCUCGGGGGGCGGUGAGAUUCAAACAACCUGCACUUGUCAAAUCCACUCGGGCUUCAGACCUGGUCCGCCGGAGCAACCGGAGGAACCGGAGGAACCGGAGGAACCGGAGGAACCGGAGGAACCGGACCUUACCGGGAACUCCGGAGCGUCCAGGACCGGAGUUCCACCCUGAACACAGCAGCUUUUCUUUUCUGUUUCUUCUUUUCAAAUUUACAAAGCAGACAGUAAACGCUAAUCAGCCGUCAGACCAAAAGGUGGAACGUCGUCAUGAAUAAAUCCCGUUAACCAAAUCCUGCACCAGGACUCAGGUCCAGGUGCAGAGUCUACUGCAGGGAGUACUAGUUACUAGUUACUACUUGCUAGUUACUAGCAAGUAGUUACCAGUUACUAGUUACCAGUAAGUAGUAACCAGUACCACUAACUAGUAGUUACCAGUUACUAGUAACUA